AUGUCACAAUCAUUACGUCCAUAUUUAACAGCAGUGCGCUAUUCACUUGAAGCAGCCUUGACUUUAAGUAAUUUUUCAUCACAAGAAGUUGAAAGACAUAAUAGACCAGAGAUUGAAGUUGGCAACACAAGUGCUGAGUUGUUAUUACAACCUAUGCAUGUUUCGCGUAACGAGAAUGAACAAGUUCUAAUUGAGACCAGUGUCAAUUCCGUUCGUGUUAACAUCAAGGUCAAGCAAGCAGAUGAAAUUGAACAGAUAUUGGUACAUAAGUUCACGAGAUUUUUGGAACAGCGUGCAGAAUCGUUUCAUAUUCUGAGACGUACACCAAUUGCAGGAUACAGUAUUUCAUUUUUAAUCACCAACAAGCAUACAGAGACCAUGAAGACCAGCAAACUAGUUGAUUUUAUAAUUGAGUUUAUGGAAGAAGUAGACAAAGAGAUCAGUGAAAUGAAAUUGUUUUUGAAUGCAAGGGCUAGAUUUGUAGCAGAGGCAUAUUUAGGGGAGUUUGUAUACUAG